CUGAUAAAUGAAGAACACAUGAAAAUAGUGAACUAGCUAGAAGAUAUGUUACAGUUGCUGUAUUGUUCAUUGCCAUAAUGUACUGCAGUUUUGUACUACCUGCACGACAGAAACUGUUUGUCAAAUCAAAUCAGAUUAAUUUGUUGUUUAAAAGUGUCUGUUACGUAUAUUAUCUUGUCAGAUUUCAGGAUAUAAUCCUUGUAAUUAAUUAUGCUUUUUAUGGCCUGUUCUUUUCCAGAAUUGAAAAUUUUGCACAAAUGGACACAUUUACUGAAUUUGACUUAUUCUCUGAUGGUAUAUGUCACCUUCAAGCUCAAAGGUAUACAUUCCAUUAGUUUGGAUACAGCAUCCUUCAGUAUCCAAAACUAAAAACAUUCCAUUAUGAAGAAUAAGUAAUUUAUUACUCAAAGGUGUAAGUAUGUUAGGUUGACAGAUCAACACAUAACAGGAUGCAUUCCUUAAAACUCAUUGAUGGGUGUAUGUUAUUAUAUGUUACAUUGAUUUCAUAAGGAUGACAUUUCUUGUUGCCCAAUUUAUAUUAUAUUAUAUUCAAGAAAAAUAAAAGAUAUGAACAUAGGAAGGGCAUACAAAAUUAUGUAUUUAGGCAUCGUCAGAUAAUAAAUGGGAUAGCCCAUCACAGUCAGUGAUCCUCUUCAAACAAUUUUAUUUGCAUGAAAAUGGUCUGUGAAUAAUAAUUGCCCUUUUUAAUUAGAAAGUAGGGUGAUUCCUAUGUAAUAUUAAGUUUAUUUAAUUGUAUUUUCUUUUAUUUUGCUCACUUAACAUAUAAAUAGUUCUAUUACUCUGUAAUGUUAAAACAGAUAUUAAAAGAAAUAUAUGGCCUGGAUUCUUCAAUAAUAAAUUCAAUUAUUUUGUUAUAAAUAUAAUAAGUGAAAAUUAUUUAAUUGGUAAAAUAUAAACUCCAUGUCUCAAUUCAAUAUUAAAAUAUCUGAAAUUAUAAAAUGCAUUAAUUGUUUUUUUGUUCCAGUUAUAAUGUGUGUAUUGUGUAUUGGAAUUUUCUUCAGGUUUUUGUAACCCUUCCACUGUCACGAUGCAUUUCUGCAUCUUGUGUCUUUCAUGUUAUGUGUAGGUGAUUGCCAUUCUGAUUAAAACAUUUUCAGGCCUUUGCCCAAGGCACAUAACAUAAUUCAGUUCUUUUAACAUCUUUUAGCUGCAUUUUAGAAUAUUGGUUUGAAGUAUUUUUAGAAGAUAUUGUUUAUGUUUCAAGAAACUUCAUAAUGUAUGCCUGGAAUUGUUAUUUUCUACGUAUCUGUAGGAAUUGCUCAAGAAACUGAAGGUUAAUCAAUUUUAUUUUUCCCAUAAACCCUUUGAAACAUAAUGCUGAGUUGCAACGUGAAAGUGAAAGGGUGAGACAUACUAAUUUUUUAAUGAAUAUGCCAAACUCUUAUUUCUGUUCUGUUUUAUAAUACGAGAACAGCAAUGUGAAGGAUUAGUAUUUCUCAUAUAUUUGGUCAGUUUUAGCCAUUGUCAUUUUAGUUGACUGCAGAACACUGUUAUUUCUGGCCGUGGGUAUACAUUUCAUUGGUAUAAAAGAAAGUGGACUGUGCCUUAUUUGAUGUAGUAGUAAUAAGCAUAAUGAUUGCAGUAUCUAUGUACAAUAAAAGAAAUGUUGUGUGUCAGGAAUUGUGUCACUUUAUUUACAAAAUAUGUUUCAGACUUGGCAGUCCUUCAGAAUCUGUCAUAUUAAGCUACUAGAUUCCACUGUAGUGGAUCAGAUCUGGUUAUACAUUUUUUUAAUUGUGUGUACAUUUAAUGCCACAAAUGGAUGAAAUCCCAUAUUAAUCUGGAGUUGCCAUCUGCCAACCAGCAUGCUGACUAUUGUUCUUCCAUAGGAUAACACAAUCCACCAAGUAGCAAAGAUUUCCAACACAUUGCAGGACACCAGAGCCCAGGAAGGGGACACAAGAAAGGAACAACUGAAGAAACUGGAAGGUGUGAUGGAAGAGUGCUGCCUCCUGGAGAACAAGUAUCAAGUUUAUAAAGCAUCCCAUUUUGAGAUUCAGAAAAUGUUGAAACAGCAGAAUAAGAGUGAUGGUGAAGAAAGUGACACGCAAAAAAUAAAUAUCAGGGAGGUUUUUAACAGGAAGGUGGAGGAAAAGAGCGUUGGUGUUCCCAGUCCAAAGAAACACGAAAAAUAUAUUGCCUUUAAAAACAAUAAUAAGCUUCUACUGCAAGCGGAAGUCGGCGAUGACGAACUCAUGAUCAUGGGUUCCGAAGUGCUAAAUGUAGAUCCAAUAACAAAGCAGAUGAUGACAGAUCCGAUUCGCAUCAAGCAGUGUGGCCACACCUUUGAAAGAAGCAGCAUCAUGAGUCUUCUGAAGAACAGGCGUCACAUCAAGUGUCCCCUUCCAGGUUGCGUGCAGAAACAUGUAACUGUCAAUGAUCUGGAAGAGAACCGUGAACUGAAACUGCAACUGGGUCGGGCCUUGCAGGCCAAAGGGGCAAAUCCGAUUUAGUAGUUUCUGGAAGUUUGUAUGAA